UCAGGUUUCCCUUUCCAGCCACCCUCUCUGCCUCGAGCACCCAUACAACUGGCUACUGACCAUUGGCAUUUUUGCUUGGUUGACCAGAGUAUCUCUACGGUUACGAUCAUAGUGAUCAUGAGCACGUCUGUCAACUACAUCGUAGAUAUCUUGGGCCAAGUUGCCACGCUCACAUCAAGGUAGCAUCCAUGCCGAGAUCGAUCUCGAUCUCGAUCUUGUGGGGUCGCACCUGCUCUGGAAUGCUGACGACUGUGGCACACGAGGGCUAUCCGACAAAGGAAUGUGCUGCUCAUGAUUGUUGCAAAGACUUGAGCUCUGCAGCCGCAUUUUGUAGCGCUGAGGCCCAGCCUUAUGCAAGGUGACGUGGUCGGGUUCGCAUUAGCCUGCCUCGGUGCACUUCAACUCAGCUCAAGCAGGAACCUGUAACUGCAUCAAAUUCCCGAGUCAUCGUCAAAUGAUUCUUUCCCUUGCAGCAACAUGUCCGCUCUUGGAGUGCGACGAGCAGUCGGGUCGUCGAGGCGACAAAUCUUCCAUCUGAUGCGGCACCUACUACAAGCUCAAAUUCACCGCCACUUCUUUCACAUCGCUCUUUCGCUCGUUCUUCUGCCACUAGACAAUGCAAUUUUAUUUGUUGCAGUGAUAUUGAACUAUCUUCGCUCAUGGUUUCCUCAAUCAGGCUCAAGAACCAGGCACCAGAUACUGCAGGAUGAGCGGUUUUACCCCAAGACUGUGCUCGUCACUGGGAUAGACACGCCAUACGGUCUACGUGUUGCGCGAUGCUGUUACUUUGAAGGGCAUCGAGUUAUAGGCGCCGAUAUUACGGAUUCCCGAGUUAUACCGGGCGAGGGCAUGUCGAAGGCCAUCUUCGCUUACUACCGUCUUCAAAAACCGCGAUAUGUUUCCAAUCUGCUCGAUAUCGUCCAGAGGGAAAAGGUCGACAUUUGGAUCCCGUGCUCUCGUGAUGUCUCCACAGUAGAGGACGCGAUGGCCAAGCAGGCCAUUGAGGGCAGGACCAGCUGCAAAUGCAUCACUCUCGACUCCGAGUUUUCAAGCCAAUGGGGCCGCUCGGAGUUGUUCCAUCAAUAUCUAGAGCAAAAUGCCCUCCCAAUCGUGGAGAGCCACCAAGUUCACUCGCGAGAUUCGAUACACAGGAUUCUUCAUCGAUCACCUACAAAAGUAUAUCACAUACGCAAAACUGCCGCUGUGCUAAGGCAGGACACAAUCGUCGUUUUACCCAAGAGGACAUUGAGCUCAACCUAUACACAAGUCAGCGAGAUCCAGGUUUCCAAGGACUGCCCUUGGGUGAUGCAACAAUACGCCAGGCUAGGGGAGUUUAUCGCCGAGUUGUUGUUGGUUGGAGGUCACGUCACUGCUAUCACGAUUCGUCCUGCCAACGAAAGGUCUGACUGGGGCUACUCUCCCUUGAACAAAGGGCUAGCAACGGCAAUCCACACGCUCAUGGAGAAAUUCGCAUCUAGCGGAGGCUCUCGAGCCACUGGACACCUGAGUCUGCAGCUAAUGGUGGACGAAGAGCUGGGUGCGGAUUCUGUCCGCUAUGCCGUACAUAUUGCCGGAUGCACACAAGGCGCAGCUGCAGUUACGCAUCUUCUGACAGAAACACCUGCUCAAGCCCUCGUCGACGGGUACUUAUCAGCACUGUCCGAGAACGCUGCCUCAAAUCCGUCUUCAGAUGCCCUCCACAAUUAUGCACGCACGAGCAUAACCAAAAUACCAUCCCGAAGACCGAGUCUGUAUCAAACUGUGAAAGGCUACGACGUUCGAAGGGUGCUCCCAGCUCUUUAUCCCGUUGCACAGCAGAUUGAUUGGGCACUAGAGGAGGCAGGUCAGCUCCUGGUAUUCUUGAAAGACUGGCGGUUUUCGGUGGACGACCCGUUGCCCUGGUGGUGGCAUCGCCAUGUCUUUUGGCUUUUGCGGGAGCUGGGUUUGAUUCUUGGUUCCGAGGCAGGAUGGGCUCAAGUAUCAUUAGGUACUUAUCAUUAAUGAGUAAAUGACUAUUAUCAUGAAGAAAGGAAACCACAAAAGUUGCCUCCUUGUUUUUAUACUGAAUACUACUAGUUAUUGUGACAGACUUCUCCAUCGCAGUAUAUGUUUGUCGAUUUCAACUAAUAACUCGAUCAAAGCUAUAGAUCCCAGUCAAGAAUAUCUCCCAGUGCCCAAAUCAUCCCUCACCACUGCAUAACCCC